CGGAUGCAGUGACACUUGCAUAUAACUCCAAUAACCGGUGCCCAAACUUGGAAUUUUGCUAGAGGGCAGGAGCACCGACUUGUUCAAUUCAAUAAUGUAUGAGUCUCCCUGUUUGGCCGCUUUUUCUCUCUCACUCACCCGCCAAUUAUUAUCUUUGUCUGUGUCACUCAUCACUAGAAGGACCAUAUAACCUAUGUAUAUGAGCUUGGACACAUUUCCACAAUAGUUCAUAUCUAAUUCAUUCUUUUCCAUUCUAUGCGAUGAGUAAGUUCCAAUCGAAUUCAAGCAAUUUCUUCAACACUAGCUUCUUUCUUAUUCUUCUACCAGUUUUAGUAUCUUCGACCUGCACUUGUAUUCAAAAGCAAGACGAAGAUCGAAACCAAUCCAAGCAACUGAUCAUAUACAAAAUAGUUGCAAUCGUUUCAGUUCUGGUUUCUGGUGCCCUAGGAGUCUGUCUUCCAUUUCUGGUGAAGAUUAACAUACCAUUUCUCCACCCGGAUAAUGACUUCUAUCUCCUAAUCAAGGCCUUUGCAGCAGGAGUGAUCUUAGCGACUGGCUUUGUUCAUGUGCUUCCUGAUGCUCAGGAGAGUUUGGCAAGCCCUUGCCUCAGUCAAAAGCCAUGGGGAAAGUUUCCGUUCACCGGUUUUGUUGCUAUGGUUUCGGCCAUUGGGACAUUGAUGAUGGAAGCUUUGGCUACUGGGUACAAGAAGAGGUCUGCUCUUAGCAAACCUCAGCCAUUAGAUGGUGAUGAAGAGGCACAUCAUGUUCAUGGUUCUGCAUUGGUGUUAGAAUCAUCAAAUUCAUCGGAUAGGAUCCGAAAUCGUAUCAUAUCUCAGGUUUUGGAGUUGGGAAUUAUUGUCCAUUCAGUGAUUAUUGGGGUAUCCCUUGGUGCUUGCCAAAAUCUACACACAAUCAAGCCUUUGGUGGCAGCAUUGAGUUUCCAUCAAUUUUUUGAGGGCAUAGGACUUGGUGGAUGUAUCUAUCAGUGCAUGCAGGCAAAGUUCAGCCAUAAAACAAUGGCAGUAAUGGUGGGAUUCUUUUCCAUGACCAGCCCCUGUGGAAUAGGUGUGGGCAUGGCAAUCUCCAACACAUACAAUGAGAAUAGCCCCACUUCACUAGUUGUUGAAGGACUGCUAUUAUCAGCAUCUGCAGGGAUUCUCAUUUACAUGGCACUUGUUGAUCUUCUUGCUGCUGAUUUCAUAAACAACGCCAAAUUGAUAAGCAAUCCCAAGCUCCAACUUGGGGCAAAUUUUACUCUUCUUCUAGGAGCAGGGUUUAUGUCACUCUUGGCCAAGUUGGGAGAUUAGUCCUAAUUCAGUAUAUAGUAAGUUUUGUAUAAUGACAUGAUUUGAAUCAAUGAAUCAUCACUUCACUAGAUCAUUCAAUA